CCAAGUGAGGCCUCGCAUGCGGUUCGGAUCUGAAGCUGCUGCAGGACAAGCUAACGCCGACAAGACAGAUAAAAUGGCAGAGAACGACGUUGACAACGAGCUGCUCGACUACGAGGAGGAUGAGGAGCCACAAGGAGCGCCUGAGAGCGCCGCCCCCGUCGGCAAGAAGGAGGUGAAGGGCUCCUACGUCUCCAUCCACAGCUCCGGCUUCAGGGACUUCCUGCUCAAGCCAGAGCUGCUGCGAGCCAUCAUCGACUGUGGGUUUGAGCAUCCAUCUGAAGUCCAGCAUGAGUGCAUCCCACAAGCCAUACUGGGCAUGGACAUCCUGUGUCAAGCCAAGUCUGGUAUGGGCAAGACAGCCGUGUUUGUGCUCGCCACGCUGCAGCAGAUUGAGCCUGUCGACGGACAGGUGUCUGUGUUAGUCAUGUGCCACACCCGAGAGCUGGCCUUCCAGAUCAGCAAAGAGUAUGAGCGCUUCUCCAAGUACAUGCCCACGGUUAAAGCAGCGGUGUUCUUCGGCGGCAUGGCCAUCAAGAAGGACGAGGAUGUCCUGAAGAAGAACUGCCCUCACAUCGUGGUCGGAACGCCCGGUCGCAUCCUCGCUCUCAUCCGCAACAAGACCCUCAACCUGAAGAACGUGAAACAUUUUGUCCUGGAUGAGUGCGACAAAAUGCUGGAGCAGCUAGACAUGAGGCGUGACGUUCAGGACAUCUUCAGGAUCACACCCCACGAGAAGCAGGUCAUGAUGUUCAGUGCAACUCUGAGCAAGGAGAUCCGACCAGUGUGCCGCAAAUUCAUGCAGGAUCCCAUGGAAGUGUUUGUGGACGACGAGACCAAACUCACACUUCACGGCCUGCAACAGUACUACUGCAAGCUGAAGGACAGUGAGAAGAACCGAAAGCUCUUCGACCUCCUCGACGUGUUGGAGUUCAACCAGGUGGUGAUCUUUGUCAAGUCAGUCCAGCGGUGCAUCGCUCUCUCUCAGCUUCUGGUGGAACAGAAUUUCCCGGCCAUCGCCAUCCACAGGGGAAUGGCUCAGGAGGAGAGGCUGUCUCGCUAUCAGCAAUUCAAGGACUUCCAGAGGCGGAUCUUGGUGGCAACUAACCUGUUCGGACGAGGGAUGGACAUCGAGCGAGUCAACAUCGUCUUCAACUACGACAUGCCCGAGGACUCCGACACCUAUUUGCACAGGGUCGCCCGUGCUGGUAGGUUCGGAACCAAAGGCCUGGCCAUCACCUUCGUGUCCGACGAGACCGACGCCAAGAUUCUGAACGACGUGCAGGACCGCUUCGAGGUCAACGUGGCCGAGCUGCCGGAGGAGAUCGACAUCUCCUCUUACAUCGAGCAGUCCAGAUGAGUCCUCCAGCCCAGCGGCACGUCUUCUCUCCAUGGAUCCUGAGGUUGAUUUGGAAUUCGUCGUUCUUCACUGUUGAUUUGAACGUUUUAUGCGUUCCCUUGUUCACCAAACAUUUUGUUUUUACUGUCAGUUUUGGGGAGGGGGGGGGGGUAUGGUCGAUUUUUAAUUUGUCUUUUAUUGUUUGUUUUAUGCUCGAUGAAAUUAAAACUUUUUAUAAAACGCCAUUUUUACUAUUGUGGUCUCUUGCGAGGCUAUUCUUGACUCUACCACAUUUUCAUCGAUCUUAGUCUGGAGCAGUUCGAGAAGUUCAAAGGAACAUAAAAGCAAUUUCAGCCCCCCCCCCUUUCAAUGUAAAAGACUAGACUGUAUAGAGUCGUUUCCUUUUUCUCCCCAUUGAAACACAAAAUGAGAUUUAGAAAAGAACCCAGUAGUCCUGUAGGUAACAUAGGACCACGACACAUUUAUGGCUCAUAUGGCAGCUCGCUCUCUGACUUCCCAAUUUAAUGCCUCCGACUAAGUUAUCAUGUAGAGCGAUGGUGGUGAAUUUGCAAAACUUUAACUCAACUGUCAUUAGCGCACUGUAUAAUCAAGUAAUUUCUGUUUAUGUAUCGGUCGGUAUCUUGUUUUUAGCUAUUAAACACUUAACACAA